GGGCUCACCCUAAAUAGUCUGGUAGGGAUGGUUCACUAACAAACUCUUUGAAACGGCACCCGACAUUGACCUAACUGUUGCAACUCGCUCUAAAGUUUAUUCAACUCUGAUUUACUUUCAAAUUCAGUUGCAAAUUGUCUAAGUCUGUCUUGAAGAGCGGGAUUACUUUUCGGCUGUUUUCGUUCUUUGAGUAGUGAAAGUGUUUCUUUAAACUGCUAAUUUGGAAUAGUUUGGUGUUUUUGCGUAACAAGUAACAAAACUCGUGAUGGUUCUCCUGUCACUAAUGUUAGUAGUUGUAGGACUUGUGAGUGUGACUUCAGCUUUCAAGGCUGGUGAAGUAGAUGAAGAAGAUCUGCUUAGGAGCAGGCUGAAGGAGUAUGGUCUCAUCACGCCAAUCAGCACGGACUCUCAGGGACGCUACCUGUCGCAUCUCCUCUCGGCCAAUCACAAGCAGCGGGUGAAGAGGGACCUCCGGUCUGACGAAACGGAACGCGGCGACGAGCGCCUUUUCUUCAACGUCACCGCCUUCGGAAAGGAGUUUCACCUGCGUCUGCGUCCCAACGACAGGCUGAUCGCCCCCGGCGCCAUGGUGGAGUGGCACGACGAGGUCCGGAGCUUUGACGCGGGCGAGAGCAACGUCACCGGAGGCGCUAACGGCCGCAGGAACGUGUCCGACGGCGGCACUGAGAGGAUACUGAGGCGAGAGCAGCUCAAAACGGACUGCACCUUCAUCGGAGACAUCACCGAUGUUCCCGGGGCCUCGGUCGCUAUUAGCAACUGUGAUGGACUGGCAGGAAUGAUUCGCACUGACUUAGACGAGUACUUCAUCGAGCCGCUGGAGAGGGGCAUCCAGGAGCAGGAAGAGCAAGGCAGGGUCCACAUCGUCUACAGGAGGUCCGCAGUGCUCCAGGCCCCCUUGGAGAGCUCCAUGGACUGCCAGGUGGAAGAACCGGAGAUAGACAUCCCAGGAGUGUUGGAUAAUGUUGCCAAACAGGUCAACCAGACAGUCCGGCGGCGCCGUCACGCCGGAGACGACGACUACAACAUAGAAGUUCUGCUGGGAGUGGACGACUCAGUGGUGCGCUUCCACGGCAAGGAGCACGUCCAGAACUACCUUCUCACCCUCAUGAACAUCGUAAAUGAGAUCUACCAUGACGACUCACUGGGUAUCCAUAUUAAUGUUGUCUUGGUGCGGAUGAUCAUGCUGGGCUAUGCCAAGUCCAUCAGCCUCAUCGAGCGAGGCAACCCAUCGAGGAGUCUGGAGAACGUGUGUCGCUGGGCUUUCGUGCAGCAGAAAGCUGACCCGGACCACUCGGAGCACCACGACCAUGCUAUCUUUCUCACCAGGCAGGGGUUCGGCCCCACCGGCAUGCAGGGGUACGCCCCGGUGACAGGCAUGUGCCACCCCGUGCGGAGCUGCACCCUGAACCACGAAGACGGCUUCUCCUCCGCCUUCGUGGUGGCCCAUGAGACAGGGCACGUACUGGGGAUGGAACAUGACGGACAGGGGAACCGCUGUGGAGACGAGACAGCCAUGGGCAGUGUCAUGGCUCCCCUGGUCCAGGCCGCCUUCCAUCGCUACCAUUGGUCAAUGUGCAGUGGUCAGGAACUUAAGAGAUACAUCCAUUCCUAUGACUGUCUCCUCGAUGACCCCUUUAAACACGAUUGGCCCCAACUACCUGAACUUCCUGGCAUCAACUACUCCAUGGAUGAGCAGUGUCGGUUUGACUUUGGAGUGGGAUACAAAAUCUGUACCUCAUUUCGCACAUUCGACCCAUGUAAGCAGUUGUGGUGUAGUCACCCGGACAACCCGUACUUCUGCAAGACCAAGAAAGGCCCCCCCCUCGAUGGGACAGAAUGUGCACCUGGCAAAUGGUGCUACAAAGGUCACUGCAUGUGGAAGAACGCCAACCAGGUGAAGCAAGAUGGCGCCUGGGGUUCCUGGAGCAAGUAUGGCUCCUGUUCGCGUUCCUGUGGUACCGGAGUCCGCUUCCGAACACGCCAAUGUAACGCGCCGUCUCCUUCAAACGGAGGCCAGGAUUGUCCGGGAGUGAACUUUGAGUACCAGCUCUGCAACACUAACGACUGCCUCAAGCACUUUGAGGACUUCAGGGCCCAGCAGUGCCAGCUCCGCAACUCCCACUUUGAGUACCAGAACAGCAAACACCACUGGCUGCCCUACGAGCAUCCAGACUCUAAUAGGAGAUGUCAUCUGUACUGCCAGUCCAAGGAAACAGGUGACGUGGCCUACAUGAAGCUGCUGGUGCAUGAUGGGACACGGUGUUCCUAUAAAGACCCUUACAGCAUCUGUGUGCGUGGAGAAUGUGUGAAAGUUGGAUGUGACAAAGAAAUUGGGUCCAACAAAGUGGAGGAUAAAUGUGGCGUUUGCGGAGGCGACAACUCCCACUGCCGCACGGUCAAAGGAACGUUCACUCGAACCCCCAAAAAAGCUGGGAAGACGAGAGGAGCGUUUUCCCUACCUAAAGGAGCGCGAAAUGUGUGCCUCAAUGAAACAGAGGAUUCUAGAAAUGUGUUUGCCAUCAAGAACCAAGCAACAGGGCAUUACAUUCUGAAUGGUAAGGGAGAGGAAGCCAAGUCAAAGAGCUUCAUCGACCUCGGCGUGGAGUGGGACUACAUCAUUGAGGAUGACGUGGAGACUUUGCAUACGGAUGGACCAUUACACGACGCAGUGGUUGUUCUGAUAAUACCUAAGGACAAUGAGACCAGGUCCACGCUCAUGUAUAAAUACAUAAUUCAUGAAGACUCUGUGCCAAUCAAUAACAACAAUGUCAUCCAAGACGACACCUUUGAGUGGGCUUUGAAGAGUUGGUCUCAAUGCUCCAGACCAUGUGCUGGAGGUUAUCAGUACACUAAAUACGGAUGCAGAAAGAAGGGAGACAGCAAGAUGGUCCACCGAAGCUAUUGUGAUGUCAGUAAGAAGCCCAAACCUAUCCGCCGAAUGUGUAACCUCCAGGACUGCACCAAACCACAGUGGAUCUCUGAAGAGUGGGAAUAUUGCACGAAGACCUGUGGCAGCCUUGGUUUCCAGAUCCGGACAGUUCGCUGUGUGCAGUUCCUCCACGAGGGGACCAACCGGUCGGUUCACAGCAAGUACUGCAGUGGAGAGAAGCCUGAGAGUCGAAGGCCGUGUAACAGAACGCCUUGCCCAGCCCACUGGAGGACUGCAGACUGGUCAGAGUGCUCAGUGACGUGCGGUGAGGGGGUGGAGAAGCGUAUCGUUACAUGCCGGAUUGGAGAUCAAUGCAACGGAGAGAGGCCGGAGGCCCUAAGACCCUGCAGAUCUGGACCUUGCCGUGAUGAACCCUGUAAUGGCGAUAAAUCCAUAUUUUGCCAAAUGGACGUGUUGGCUCGAUACUGCUCCAUCCCCGGCUACAACAAACUGUGUUGUGACUCCUGCAGCAAGCGCACAGGCACUCUCACGCCACUCCUCAUCGAAGCCACAGAGAUGGAUGAACACGUUCGAUUCGGGUCCGCCUCCAAGCUCCUCGAGAUAUUAACUGCCUCGGCCGACUCCAACAGCAGCCAGGCCGCUCCUCUCCGUUCCCGCCAAGGCCCGAAAGAACCUCCGAAACCGGGCAGCGCCGCGAAACACAUGUCGACCGCCCCCCCCAAAAAAGGCCCCUUGCAGCCGCACAUCUCCCAGAAGUGGGUCCUAGCGCACAGCAAGCCGGUUGCCAUGGCGUCCUCCCACAGCCUCCUGGCUGACCAACGAGCGGACGCCGCCGAGGUUGAAAGGAUGAACCGCGGCAGAGAGAGCAGGUGGCCCACGGCGUUCUCCGAGGUGGUGAGAUGAAGCUGAAGCCCCUCCCCUUCUCUGAUAUUCAGACACCCGGCUUCAUACAGGGGUUUCACCUCACGCCAACACAAAUACCAGAAAAACGGAGCGUUUGUGACAGACAGAGAUAAUAAAAAAAAAAGUGCUGGUUCACUUUCCUUUAAAAAACAAACAAAAAAAAACAAAAAUAUCCAUAAUCUUCUCCCCCCAACACUUGUCUGGAACUUUACUUUUGGUAAGGCUGUUUGAAGUAAAAUGCUCCAAAGAUCUUAAUAAAUGCAUAUGGACUGAAGCCAAGAGACAUUAACAGCAGUACUCCAAAUUCUAGUUAUAUAGAAUUUAUGCAUCUAGUCUAGAUGUAUAGAAUUUAAAGAUCCAGUGAAUUUGUAUGGUUACUGGGACCCUUUAUUCCAUUACAAAUAUAGAUCUUACAAUUAUAUUUUCAUGUCGAACAUUCAUGUAGAAACUGUGUAUGUACUGUAUAAUUUCAGCAUUAGCAGAUGUCUGUCAAUGUAAAAAAAAAAAACGAGUCAAAAUCUUAAAUAUGAACCUGCAAA